UUGCCGCAACGAAUAGUUUUCGCUCAGCUUCGCAUCUGAUAAGAUGAUGCAGUCCGUUCGAUUUCUAAGCCCGGUUAUCAUCUUAGCGCUGCUGGGGGUGACGACGACAUUGCUAGUAGAAGUGUUUGCCCUUGAUGCAUCCGAGAUCCAGGCUAGCAAUUCUCUUUACCAGUGUGGCGUUCGAAGGAGAUUCGGGAUUCAGCUGAUUCAUCACUCCUGGCCGGUGGAACUCGGUCAAUGGCCAUGGCACGUGGGACUGCACCAUUUGGAUCCCAAAAGCGGAAAACCGGUGUAUAAGUGUGGCGGCACUCUUCUGGACGAUCGACAUGUCCUAACAUCGGCUCAUUGUGUGUCUCAUAGGAAUGGUCGGCCGUUGAGGCCUUCUAUUCUAAGGACAUUCCUAGGACAAUAUGAUCUGCUCAACCCGGAAGAACACGUUCAGGUGAUGAAUGUGAGCGAGCUUCACGUCCAUCCGGAGUUCGAGAUCAAUCGCAACGAUGUGGCAAUUUUGGUACUGAAUUCAUCGGUGCGCUACUCGGAUUUCAUUCUGCCAGUUUGCCUCAACAAUCAACCGGAGUCCGACAUUUUGACCGUGGUUGGGCAGCGUGGUUCCGUCACCGGAUGGGGCAAAACGGAUAAAGGUUCCCUUUCACGGAUGUUGCGAACGGCUCAAAUGCCUAUCGUCGAUUAUGUUCAGUGUGUUCAGAAUGAUCCCAUCCUUUUUGGAAGAUUUGCCCACCCUGGAAUGUUUUGUGCGGGAGAACUUAAUGGUACAAGUGUAUGCAGUGGGGACAGCGGAGGAGGAUUGUUUCUGAGCGAAGGAGAUCGUUGGGUGCUACGGGGAGUCGUUUCGUUUUCGGGCCAGGAUAAGUCCGGCUCAUGUGACACAUUACGAUUCGUUGGUUUUGCCAACGUUGACUACUACAUACCCUGGAUCAGGAACGUUACCAAGCAGGAAAGCGGAGACUCUGCAAAGUUUGUAAAACCCAAGCGGAAAAGUGAAAUCGAAUGCGACCGUUACAAGGAACUUGCUCGGAAGCGAUCCAACGGAGCUUGUUACAAUUCUCGUCGAACUCACACGGUCGGAGUAUAUUAUGAAGGAAACGUCCAACGAUGUACGGGUAUUUUAGUUAGCGAAAAAUUUGUUCUCGUACCCUGCCAUUGCGCUAAAGUACCAGAUCUUCCUGUUGAGAAAGUUCGCAUCGGGGAUUAUAACGAGAUUAACGUCUCGAAAGCAGCUUGUCACCCGGAAUCAACAUAUUUCAACCACGAUCUGGCACUGCUGGAGUUGGAAUCGGCGGUGAAGUUAUCGUCCUCCAUACUUCCGGCAUGUUUGGCCAACAGCUGGUCCGAAAACCUUUACGAUACACUUUUGCUGACAGGAUUUACCUCCAUGGAUGAAAAGCGAGAGUUCAUAGAAUCGGCAGAAAAUAGAGUCGUUGCGAAGGACAACUGCAACAAAUUACCAUUUUUCCAACGAAUCAAGACUUCAAUUAACGACACCGUCAUUUGUUCCAUCAGCACCGACGUGGAACGCAAAUCAGGAGGAAAUUACGGAUCGUCUGGAAGUGCCCUACAAUCGGUAAACACUCGCACCUGUAUGCAUACGGUAGUAGGAAUGUUAUUUGCCGGGACCGAAGCCGGAUCCAACGAAACAGAACUGGUGGAUCUGUUUUCGCGAAUCUCUAGUGAUCUGGAUUGGAUGGAAUCUAUCAUUUGGGGCUCGGGAUUGAGUACGGAUCAGACGCCGACCACCACAGCGAUUCCGUUGACAAAACCGAACAAAGUCGUCCCCUUGGCGCGCCCCCGUGUACGCUUUUUACACAAAUUUGCUUAUAACUUAGCCGGGAACGCAUCGACGACACCUGAGCCAAAUGAAGCUAACCUUGAUGGCACCGUCAGCGCUUGGCAAGAUCAUCGACUCACGGAUUAAAUUUUAAUAUUUGUUUUUUUUUCGAAACCUUUUAACUUAUGUCUAAUUUAGUCAAUUCUGUUCGGGUGUGGAAGGGUUUCAUUUCAAAGAUCCGUUGAAAUAACUGCUAUUGUUGUCGAUGAUGCUUCUCUUUUGAUAGGUUUUACAGUGCUUUUUUAUCCGAUACUCAAAUUGACAUGUUAGUUUAAUGCACUGAAUCUCAAAAAUCCCCAAACCUGAGAAGGUUUGGAUUUUGACGGCAUAGCUCAAAAGUUAAAUCUCAUCUCCCAAAAUCUGAUACCGCAAUAAAAUGGAAAUCAAAAUAUAAAAUCAA